AUGCAUGCCAAUGAGCCAUGGCCACCCUUCCCCGUUUUUCGACCUCCUGGUCUCGACGCACCUCCUGUUUUGGGUUCUGCUCGUUCUCCUUCACAGACAACAAAGCAAACCAAGAAGCACGUGUCUCCGUCAAAGGCAAGGAGAGAUUUUUCCCGAGCUGCGGCGAGAGAGCGUUUUCUGGCCAAGCUUUGUAAAGAAGAAAGCCACAAGGCAGAUUGUUGUGAAGACCUGAGUCCGGUGCCUUUGGAGCAAGUUCUCAGGGCUGUGUUGGAGAAAAGUGACAAUGCUUUCAGUGUGUUCUUCCGGUCUUGGCAGGAGCGCAAGCCCCCUGACAGGCCAGCUGGAAGACAACGAGACAUUUUCCCCAUCUCUCCGGUUGAACAGUGGGACUUCUCAGGACAAGUUUUUUCUGAAAGUGCGGGCCUUCUUUUUCUCAACGCAUGCGUGGCGGCUCUCAACUUUCUGGCAGGUGACUUGAAGUUCGGCCAGGCCAGAGCUGACAGAAACCACCGGCACACUGCUGCUCAGCGAAGCGUCCUCAAGCACCUCGCUGAUCGGGUUGACUUGCCCAACAAAGCUGGCACGUGCAACCCGCAGUGUUUGGUUCCGGACAGUUUGGCUUCUGCAGUUUCAUCCCAAGAGGAGGUUUUCACUGUUGAUGACGCAAGGCUGAUGGAGACUGACUUGCAUGUAGGAGUUGACCGGGAAGAGUACUUGAAACUAGUUGUCAGGCAGUUAGAGUGUGGCAAGACAAGGCUUCGACGUAACAUUAAGGCGGUGGGCAGUGUUUUUUCUGUAGCCAAGUCUGGUGAGCGCCAGCGAGAAGUUUGGAACGGUUCCUUCGUUUCUGCGCUGGCCGAAAAGCCACCGCCACCAAUGCUGUUGGCGAAUCCUAGCUGUUUUGUUGACCUCGUUUUCCAACCCCAUGAAGAAGUAUUCAUGUCCAAGCGUGAUGUGCACACUUGUUUCGAUGUGCUCAAGGCGCCGGAAUCUCUGCAACCUUGGUUUGGCAGGCCCCCUGUGACUCUGUUUGAGUUGCAGCGAGUCACGGGCUUUCCCGUCGAAUUGUUUUUGCCUUAUGUGGCGGAUGUUGAGACUUCGGACGUUGACAUUGGUGAAAAGCUCUACCCUGCGAGCACUGUGUGGCCAAUGGGCUUCAGUUGGUCUUCUUGCGUUGCACAGGCUUCUACUGUGGCCUGUUGUGUCGAAGCUGGUGUCCGCCAGGAAAGUUUUCUGUGCAUGGACUCUCCGCCACCAGCGAUUGGAGAGGCAUGUGGGGUGGCUACAGAUGACACUUUCUUUUUCCACACAGACAAAGUCUUGGGCUUGAAGCGCCUCAAGGCGUUGGAUGCUGCCUUCGAAAGACAUGGUAUGCCGAAGAAUGCUACGAAGGACGUCACUUUGCAAGACAAUAUGACUGCUUUGGGUUGCAAGCUUUCGGCCAAGCCAGGAGCAGCUGAACCAGUGAGUGCAAAAAUGGUUCCGCUUUUUCUGGCUUGGCUGGGCCUUUUGUCUACACGCAGCGCCAGUCCUUUGGCUGUUAACAGGGCUUUGGGUGUGCAGCAGUGGUUCUGCCUAUUGUCCCGUCCUUUGUUCAGUAUUCUUGAUCGAACGUAUGAGUUCGUGUGGCAAGAGCCCGGAAACAAAAUUGUGGAUCUACCGGGCGGUGUUUGUGCAGAAAUUGCUGUUUCAGUUUUUCUGAUGCCUUUGUUGGGGGCUGACUUGGAACGGCAAUAUCUUCCACUUAUCACUGCUUGCGAUGCUUCCCCUGAUUUCGGUUUUGGUGUGGCUUACAUGAAAUGUCAACAAGAUGUCGCUGAACAGGUUGGCCGGUUGGCAGAGAGGAGGGGUGAUUUUGUGAAAUUUUUCCUUCAACCAGGAGAGCCUGAGCCAAAAGACAGGCUUGGUGUGCCACAUCUUCUUCCUUUUCACCAGAAACAGUUCAGCAUAGCCAUCAGUGCGAAGGCAAAGUUUCAGGCCCACUCCGGCGCUCUUGAAGCUCAUGGUUUGCUUUUGGCUUUGAAAUGGCUGUGCAGACGACCGUCUCAUUUUCACCACAGGUUGGUUGUCUUGAUUAACGCAAAGGCAGUGAUCAUCGCCAUCUCCGAGGUGCUUUCCUGGGAGCGCUGGACUGCCGACGUUGCAACGGCAUUCCUUCAGGGUGAUCCUCAGCAGAGGAUCUUGUGGGCCCGGAUCCCCAAGGACGCUUGCGAGUUGAUCGGCGUUCCUCCGGGCACCCUCAUGCGCUUGAUCAAGCCCCUCUACGGACAGGCUGACGCUCCAAGGCAGUGGUUUGCAGUGGCGAGACGCCGUUUACUGCAGUUGGGAUUUCAAUCCCAUCCUUUGGAUCAGUGCCUCUACAUGUUCUUCGAUGAGAACAAGGCCGCCAAGAAGAAGACUCUGGCUGAACGGCAGGCCAAUGCUCGCAAACAUGCGAUCAGUCGAUCAGGGAAUCGACAUAGCCUGGCCUACAUGAUCCUCACCUCACAGAUGAUGAUGGUGCAAGCCAUGCAGCCUAGCUUCGAGAUGGCCCUGGACUUCGCCUUCUCUCCUGAGAUGACCCUCACUCUCUUCAUCCUACUGAUGACCAUGGUGGGAUGGCACAUGUGGGGAAGGGCUACAACGACAACUCCGACGACAUUGAGGACAAUGACAACGACAGAGACCUGGACGAUGACAACAGAGAUUCCAAGCUCUGGCACAAAGGAAUGUGGCACCCAGGCGGAGACAGCCCUCGAGAAGAAUGUGUUUGGCCUCCUCAAGAUGGAGAUCACACGACUUCAACAAGACCUACGGGAUUCAGAUGCCUACAACGCCCAGCUCAAAGACCAGCUCGACGCGCUGGAGGGCGAGAACAACGAAUUGGAGAAGGAAGUGGACGACCUCACCCUGAUAGGACUACCUGUCACCUUGCCCACGGAUGUGGUGAAGGUCCGUCUCCAGGUGCAAUCCACUGGUCGCUACCGGGGCUUCGCUGACUGCCUGCAGCAGACGGCCCGGAAUGAAGGCGUCCACGCGCUGUGGAAGGGCCUGACACCUGCCUUGGUGCGCCAGGCGGAUGGAGAGAUGUCCUUGGUGAUUUAUGAACCUAUUCGUGGAUUCUACGGUGAGCUGUUGGGUGGCAAGGACAAAGGGCCGAGCUAUUUCCAGCGGCUUUGCGCUGGCGGCACGGCUGGAGCCCUGGCCAUCUCCGUCUUCAAUCCUGCAGAGGUGGUGAAGACCCAGGUGCAGACACACGUGGGAGCCAACAUUACCAUGCGAGAGGUGGCCUCACGAGUCUGGGUGCAAGAUGGCCUUCUUGGCUUUUGGGCAGGCCUUGAGCCCAACGUGGCCCGGACCUUCCUGGUGAACGCCGCGGAGUUGGGCACCUACGACGAAGCCAAGAGCCAUUUAGUGCCCGUGCUGGGCGAUGGUUUCUUCGCUCACGAUCGAGUGCCGUUGUGGACUUGGACCAAUUUGGUCGAUCAGGUUGGCUUCCGUGGCUGUGAGCUUUUGCUCAUCGACGCUGAAGGCUUUGACGUGGAGAUUUUGCGCUCGAUGGCCUAUCACUGCCAGCGCCGACGUGAAGAGCUUCCAUGGGUGAUACAAUUUGAAAGCAAUGGCCUUUGCAAUGCCCGCGCCGGCUACGACUGCGAAUCCUACAUUGUCUCCGAGUUUGAGAAGCUCGGAUAUACGCUGGUCGGCCAAGGUCGAGACACGUACCUAGCAUUGCAAAGGGCAAACUCACCGUCUCUGAAGAGGUGGCUGUCCAGCUGGUCUUGCUCCGAAUGCAAUGCAAGAUAUGCUUAUCCUUACACCGUCGUGCCGGAUGUAAUGUGCCAGCGUUGCGCUGACUGGGCAUGGAAAAAUUGGGAAAAUUGAAUUUUUGGAUGUACCUGUGUGGCACCCGACUGGUAUCUAUGCCUUUUUUGGGUGAAAUUUCAGAGAAAAAGAGCAGACCCUGCGUCGGCCACGAAUCUGGGGAUGGAUUGGUGCGUCAGACGAGCGGUUUGAUGAAAGUUUUGAGAGGUCAACUUGCAUCGGUUUCACCGAUGGAGAGAGCAGAUCUUUCGAGUUGACCAUGGCCACCAUUUUGACAAGCUACUAUUUGUCCGGAAGUGGUCAAGUUCCGAAUUGGGCAAAUGCAAAGUCUCUGAUUGUCACAGAUUCAUAUAUGAUUGUGUCCUGUUCUUCCAUUUGCCCUUGUUUGCUGGACUGGAAGAAUUCUUCCAGCUGGACACCGCUGGAAUCUCUGGAUCCGGCACGAAAGUCUGGGCGAGAUUGCCAAAGGAAUUGCCAUCGACCAUGAUCUCCAAGGUGCAAAAAGCGAGUUCCGCGC